CACCGCUUGCUGUAUUCCCAAGGAGAACGCGUUCGCCUCUCCAAAAACCCCCAACAAUCGCUUCUUGCUGGGAUCGCUUCUGAGCUCGUUUAGCUUUGCAGAAGUGCAUCUACCCAGUUUCCUACUCCUUACGCGUGCCGCUCUUUUAGACCUGUCCCAUCCGACUAGCUGGGGUUUGUCGGUCGUUACCGUGACUUCGAAAACCUGUGCGCGGUAUCUCUCCGGUUGGUGAGGAUUUUGCAAUGGCGGACCAUACCGAAGUCGACCUCGACUCUAUAAUCGACCGCCUCUUGGAGGUGCGGGGCAGCCGGCCUGGUAAGCAGGUGCAGCUGCUGGAAGCCGAGAUUCGCUAUCUCUGCACCAAGGCCCGUGAAAUCUUCAUUUCCCAGCCCAUCCUGCUUGAGCUCGAGGCUCCUAUCAAGAUUUGCGGCGAUAUCCACGGUCAAUACUAUGAUCUCCUCCGCCUCUUCGAGUACGGUGGCUUCCCUCCUGAGGCCAACUACCUCUUCCUAGGUGACUACGUCGAUCGUGGCAAGCAGUCCCUGGAGACCAUCUGCCUGCUCCUCGCCUACAAGAUCAAGUACCCCGAGAACUUCUUCAUCCUUCGUGGCAACCACGAGUGCGCGUCCAUCAACCGUAUCUAUGGUUUCUACGACGAGUGCAAGCGGAGGUACAACAUCAAGCUUUGGAAGACCUUCACCGACUGCUUCAACUGCCUACCGAUCGCUGCCAUUAUCGACGAGAAGAUUUUCACUAUGCACGGUGGUUUGAGCCCGGAUCUUAACUCAAUGGAGCAGAUCCGCCGAGUCAUGCGACCAACUGACAUUCCUGACUGCGGUCUUCUUUGCGAUCUCCUGUGGUCGGAUCCCGAUAAGGACAUUACUGGCUGGAGCGAAAACGAUCGUGGUGUUUCCUUCACAUUCGGUCCGGAUGUCGUUUCUCGCUUCCUCCAAAAACACGACAUGGAUUUGAUCUGCCGUGCUCACCAGGUUGUUGAGGACGGAUAUGAGUUCUUCUCGAAGCGCCAGCUCGUUACUUUGUUUAGUGCCCCCAACUACUGCGGCGAAUUCGACAACGCUGGUGCUAUGAUGAGCGUCGACGAAAGUUUGCUCUGCUCUUUCCAGAUUCUCAAGCCCGCAGAGAAGAAACAGAAGUUCGGCCGCCGAUAAACGUCUGAUACUUUCGCCCGCCCGCAACGAACAUGAGUAUCUUACCGUCAGCUUGUCUACCGCCGCCGUGUUUCUUGAUCGCCAGGGCUCCCAGCCAUCAUCCCGUCUGCCGUCUGUUCCGACCACUUCUUUUGGGGAGGUCCUCGCCCCUCUUGCCGCGCCAACGAAACGAAAGCCACGUCUGCCCGUCCUGUCUCUCCAUCCGUCCGGUAUCCACACAACUCGAGAGGGUAGGAAGGAAAGGGAAUCUUUUUAUAUCUCGGGGGAUGAAUAACGAACGACCUUUUCUUUUUCUUGUCUGGUCACUACUCCUGCUAGGAAAGGUAUAGAUAAGCAGUGUGUGUCUUGGGGGGAAACUAGUUGUUUUGUGUCGCUUUUCGCCAAAGGCAUAUGUCAUUCCGUCAUGGGAGAGUGUAUUGAAAAUUUGUCCGUUUACAUCCGC